CUUUCUGGCCCCCCUCUCUCAAUCCCCGCGGCGACAACACGGUGCAGACACUUCGUCUUUCUCACUGUUUUGAUCGCUUACGUACUCGUAAGUACCUAUAAAUUAGUGUUGUAACGUUUUCUUACUCACUCGAACCUUCCACCAUGGCUACUAGGCUAAACCACUUGCUUUUCUUCCUCUCACUAUCUCUUCUCUCCAUCGUCGCCGUCCAUUCUCGAUCCGUUCCCAACUCUACCCCAUCUGAUCUACUCUCCGAUGGGCUUAACCCCCAGUAUCUUGUGCUUAAUCCUCUGUCCGCGUCACUCGGUGCUGAUUCCACUUGUGAAGAGACAUACGGUUUCAUGCCUUGUACUACGACUAUUUGGGGUAACUUGUUUUUGAUCAUCGUUUAUGGGUACCUCAUGUUCAUUGCCGCCACGUAUUUGUCUAAUGGGAGUGAGCUGUUGUUGGAGAUUCUUGGCCCCGGUGUUGUUGGAGGCCUCUUUCUUCCUAUCCUCGGAGCGCUUCCCGACGCAAUGCUUAUUCUUGUGUCUGGACUUUCGGGAACUAAGGAAACUGCUCAAAGUCAGGUCUCAGUGGGAAUGGGGUUGCUAGCUGGAUCAACUGUCAUGCUUAUCACUAUAAUAUGGGGAUCCUGUGUUAUCGUUGGCAAGUGUGACAUUGAGCGUUCAGUUGCUAAAGAUGGUCAAAAUACAAAAGGGUUUAGCUUAACUGAAACUGGUGUUAGUACUGAUAUUUGGACUUGCUAUGCUGCAAGGAUAAUGGCCAUAUCUGUGAUUCCAUUUAUUGUUGUUCAAAUACCACAGAUUCUCAAUUCAACUUCAGGAAGACACUUAGCUGUCUUGAUUGCGCUAAUUGUAUCUGUAUUGAUGCUGAUUGCUUACUGCCUUUAUCAGGUGUUCCAGCCUUGGAUCCAGAGGCGGCGGCUUGCUUAUGCAAGGCACAGGCAUGUGAUAUCAGGAGUCUUGAAACAUCUGAGAAUGCAUGCUUUGGGAAGGCUUUUGAAUGAUAGAGGAGAAGCUAACAAAGAAGUUCUAAAAAAAUUGUUUGACUGGAUUGAUGAGAGUAAAGAUGGACAACUUUCACGUUCUGAAUUAAAAGCAUUGAUCAUAGGAAUUCGGUUUGACGAGAUAAACUUGGAUAUGGAUGAUGCUGCGGACAAAUUAUUGAAAGAUUUUGAUUCUACUCAUGAUGAUCAAAUUAACUUUGAAGAAUUCUGUGAUGGUAUAGAGAAAUGGCUCAAUGAAGCAAAUCGAGGAAAAAGAUCUGCUGAUCAUGGAUCUCAGACAUCCAAACUAAGUGACUUUCAUCAGCAAACAAAGAGGGAGCAUGAUUUGUUGGGACCCGAUGAACAAAGUGACGAGGUUGUUGAGGCUGUUGAAAACCGCAAGUGGACCUCUAUUAAAGCAGUGCUGAUGCUUUUGGUUGGAACCAUUAUUGCCGCUGCGUUUGCCGACCCUCUUGUAGAUGCCGUUGAUAACUUUUCAGAUGCAACAAGUAUACCUUCGUUCUUUAUCUCAUUUAUUGCAUUGCCUUUGGCAACCAACUCAAGUGAAUCAGUAUCAGCAAUCAUUUUUGCCAGUCGUAAGAGGAUCAGAACUGCCUCAUUAACAUUUUCUGAGUUAUAUGGAGCGGUGACAAUGAAUAACGUCCUUUGCUUAUCAGUUUUCUUAGCUCUCGUCUAUCUCAGAGGAUUAACAUGGGACUUCUCAGCCGAAGUGCUGGUUAUUGUUAUUGUUUGCAUUGUGAUGGGUGCAUUUGGGAGUUUCCGCACAACCUUCCCUCUCUGGACAUCUUCAAUUGCAUACCUCCUAUAUCCCUUCUCCUUGGCAUUGGUCUAUGUUCUAGAUUAUGUUUUAGGUUGGUCAUAGUUCGUGGUGUUUAUGAACUGUCGUACUUCCCUUUUGUGAUUCUUGGGAUGGGUGUGUGUUUGCUAUCUAAUGACUAUCUGAAGCCCCAGGAGUAUUAUUAGCCGGAUUAUUGGGAUUUUGAGAUUCCUUUUGAGCUAGUUUAUGGUCUUGAACUUCCUCCGGAAAUCAUGUUUUGAAAGACAUUUAGAUUUCAAGUCAUGUUAUGAAAAUGAGUGUUCACAUCA